CUCACAUCCGCUAGCCAACAGACGCUUGACGUCUUUGACUCUGACAGCUCGUACUGCAGUCGCAGUUGCACUAAACUCAUCUGGUGCUUCUUUCUGCAUCUUUAAAAGACCUCGCGGUUACCAAAAACAGACAGAAAAUGCUGUCCUACAUCAUUGGCUUGAUCCGAGGUGGCUUCGACAGCAUCGUGAACUUGAUCCUCCGACUUCUCUUCUCCAAGAAGAGACCCGCGCUCACUUUGGAGGACCCCAACAUAAAGUACGCCCUGCGGCUGCUGGACAAACAGAUUGUGAGUCACGACACCAGGAAGUUCCGCUUCGCCCUUCCGUCCCCCGAACACAUCCUGGGUCUGCCCAUCGGGCAGCACAUCUAUUUGUCUGCGCGAAUAGACGGGAAGCUGGUGGUCCGUCCGUACACGCCGGUGUCCAGCGACGACGACAAAGGCUUCGUGGACUUGGUGGUGAAGGUACAGCGAGUCGACGCGCACACCUGGUGUUUUUAUUUCAUUUUUCCUAAAUCGCUUUCUUUUCCCGUCCGCUGUCAACAGAUUUACUUUAAAGAUGUCAACCCUAAAUUCCCGGAGGGAGGGAAGAUGAGUCAGUACUUGGAGAGCCUCAGGAUCAACGACACCAUCGACUUCAGAGGACCCAGCGGCCUCCUCGUCUACAGAGGCAAAGGUGUUUUCGACAUUCAACCAGAUAAAAAGUCCCCGACUGAAACCAAGACGGCUAAACGUGUCGGCAUGAUCGCCGGAGGGACCGGGAUCACUCCCAUGCUGCAGCUCAUCACAGCCGUGAUGAAGGAUCCGCAGGACCAGACGGUCUGUUACCUGCUGUUUGCCAACCAGACGGAGAAAGACAUCUUGCUGCGGCCUGAAUUGGAAGAGAUCCAGGUCAACCACCCGGACCGCUUCAAGCUGUGGUUCACCCUGGACAGCGCGCCCGAAGACUGGGAGUACAGCCAGGGCUUCAUCAGUGAAGACAUGGUGAGGGAACACCUGCCCCCCGCCGAUGACGACACCCUCAUCCUGAUGUGCGGGCCGCCGCCCAUGAUCCAGUUCGCCUGCAACCCCAACCUGGACAAAAUCGGCCACUCCAACAGCCGCAGGUUCACCUUCUAGACGUGAAGGUGGCUCCACCCUGAGAGUAUUGCACUUUGUAUACGAUAUUUAUGCUACGAUGUAAUCAUCAUGCUACAGCAUGGACCAAUUCAUGUGUCCCAGAGAGCGGGAGGACAGCCUGAAGUGUCCAAGUGCCUUCACACUGGCAAAGCUUUUUUUUUUUUUAUGCAUCAUUUAAGAGUUGCAACCAUUUGUUCCUUUAUUGCUGCUGCCAGUGUUGGAUAUAACUGCCCUCCAUCGUCAUUAUUUUGCUAAAACAUGUUCUUGGUGAUUGUUUGGAUAUGCAAUAAAAAAAAUACAUAAAGUA